AUGAGACUCAUCAUCAGAGAUGGUAAAACAGAAGCUUCGGCGUACAUUGCGCAGUACAUUAUUGAUCGAAUCAAGGCCUUCGAACCAACCCCAGAGCAUCCUUUCGUCCUUGGUCUUCCUACUGGCUCCUCCCCUAUCGGCAUCUACAAAAUACUCGUCGAAAAGUACAAGGCUGGAGAAAUAUCUUUCAAGAAUGUCGUCACCUUCAACAUGGAUGAAUACAUUGGCAUCCUGCGCAGCCACCCAGAAAGCUAUCAUACAUUCAUGUACAAACACUUCUUCUCCCACGUCGAUGUCCUUCCACAAAAUGUCCACAUCCUGAAUGGCACUGCUGAGAAUCUCGAAGCUGAAUGCGUACAAUAUGAGGAAACCAUCAAGGAAAAGGGCGGAAUCGAUCUGUUUCUUGGUGGAAUUGGACCAGAUGGACAUCUUGCAUUCAAUGAGCCUGGAUCUUCCCUCGCAUCUCGUACAAGAGUCAAGACUUUGGCCUAUGAUACCAUUAUCGCUAACUCCCGAUUCUUCGAUAAUGAUUUGGAGAAGGUUCCAAAAAUGGCUUUGACUGUAGGUAUUCAAACAGUUUUGGAGGCCAGAGAAGUGGUCAUCAUCAUCACUGGAGCCCACAAGGCAUUGGCAUUGAAGAAAUGCAUUGAAGAAGGUGUGAACCACAUGUGGACCCUCUCAAGUUUACAACUUCAUCCCCAUCCAAUGAUCGUUGUGGAUGAAGAUGCAACACUUGAGCUCCAGGUUAAGACUGUGAAGUAUUUCAAAUCCAUUGAGAAAGUCGCCGCAGCUCAAGGUUUCGAACAGAUUCUCCCCUCUGCUGCCCGUACCGGUCCCAAGCGUACUGCCCCUCUCCCACCAAUGCCAGAGAGCUUGGUUAAGGAACAGCCUACCAUUAUGUCCCCCCAACCUCUUACAACCACUCUAUUAGCCGCUCCUGCUACCGAGUAUCCCGUUCGCAGAAGCCAUACUCCGGAGUUGGUUCCUGACCGCAUGGGAAGCAGAAUCGUGACAGCUUAA